AUGCUCCCUCUCAUGUCCCCCCUUUCUCCUUCUCAUUUAUCGCCAUUCUCCCUCUCAUUCCCCCCCCCCUUCUCAAGCUCAUUUCCCCCCUUUCUCCCUCCCAUUUCCCCGGAUGUGCCCCCUCCUUCCCCCCCCCCCCCCCCUUCCCCCUCUCGUUUUCACCUGCUCAUUUUCACCCCUUCUCCCUCCCACUGCCCCAUUCGCGGCCUCUCAGUUUCGCCCCUUCUCCCUCUUAUUCACUCCCCCUUCUCACUCUCGUUUCCCCAUCUCCUUCCUAUCGUUUCCCCCCUCCCCUUCUCGUCUACCCCCGUCACCCUCUUAUGUCUCCACAUUCUCCUUCCUGGUUUUCCCCAUUCUCCAUCUCAUCCCCCCCUCAUUCCCAAGCUCACCUACCCCCUUUCUCUCUCCAUUCUCCCCAGAUGUGCCCCCUCAUUCCCCCCCUGUCCCCCUCUCGUUUCCCCCCCAUUCACCUGCUCGUUUCCUCCCCUUCUCCCUCCCAUUGCCCCCCAUGAGACUGGACCAGGGUUCCCCUUUUGUCUCCCUCAUUCAACCCCCCUGCGGGGUUCCAUAUCCACCAGUUUUGGGUUCCCCUCCCCCCCUUUAUCUCGCUCAUUGCCCUCCCUUCUCCUUUUCAUUUUCCCGCCGUUCUCCCCCUCAUUCCCCCGUGCUCCCCCAUCGCAUACCCUUCUAACCCCUGCCGUACCCUCCGUCACACACGCUCCUUCCUCCAGGGCGCCCACGCUCACUCCCCUGCCACCCACGCGCAAUCCCCUCCGUGCUGCCAUGCUUCCCCCUUCCGGCCUCUCUCUUCCCUACACGAUACUUUCCCCAUCUCCCCUCUCUUCCCCAUCUCCCCUCUCUUCCCCACUUCCAUCCACCCCCUUUUCCCACUCGUUACCCCCUUCUUCCCCCACAAUGCCGGCUCAUAGAAACACCGUGCUUCCCCCUUUUUCCUCUCUUCCUUGCACCUAUCUUCCCCCUUUCCCCUCUCUGUCUUACACCCAUUCCCCCCCCGUGCCCUCUCAUCCUUACACCCUUCUUCCCCCACCCCUCUUGAUCUAUACUCCGCUCUGCCUUACGCCCUUCUUCCACCUCUCCCUUCUCUACCCACACCCUUCUUCCCCCACCGUGCGUUCUCCCCCUGAUUUCCUGCUAAACCCACUUUUCCAUCUCUUCCCUACACCCUGCUUGCCCCUCUCUCUUCUCUGCCUUACGCCCUGCUCUUCCCUUUCCCCUAUCUUCGCUACACCCUUCUUCCAUCCUUCCACCCGCUCUGCCUUACAAUGGUCAUCACCCUUUCGCUCUCUGGCAUUCACCCUGCUUCUCUUGUGCACCUCUCUUCCGUACCCCCUUUCGCCCCCACCUGUCGUCCUCUAUUUUACGACCUUCUGCCCCCUGUUCCCUCUCUGCCUUACGCUCUUAUUCCCCCUCUCCCCCCUCUGCUUUACCCCCUUCUUCCAUGUUUCCACCCUCGGUGCUUUACGUCCUGCUUCCCCGAUUCCGCUAUCUGCCCUAACCCCUCUUUCCCUUCUCCCCACCCUCCGUUACCUCUCCUUCCGCCUUUCCACCCACUCUGCCUUACACCCUGCUCCCGCCUUUCCCCUUCCUGCCCAUCUGCGCCUUCAUCUCAGUAUGGAGUGUGGAGCAAAUGUCACAUCAAGGAGGCACGGGCAGUGGCACGGCCAAGCGCAUCCGGACUGGAUGGUCUGCUAG